AUGGAAUACCCAUCCAGUCUGCAAACACUGCCUGAGUUGACAUGCUUGGAUCUGCAAGGUCUGAACAAAGUCAGUCAACAUGUUGAUCAAGUCUGUAAUACCAUGGACAAGAACAAGGAUGGAUUUAUUGACUUAGAGUUUAUUACUGCUGUAAAUCCAGUAGUACAAGAAAAUGAAGCAAAAAUUAAGUGGCAUUUUGAGCAAUAUGAUGUAGCUGGAAAUGGUUCUGGGAGAAGAGUUGAACUUAGAUUUAGUUUGCAGAAGGUACAAGCGUUCAACCACCAACAAACGAGUCCUGAAGAGUUUAACACAUUGGUGUUUUGUAAGAGAUACAAACAAAAAGUUGCAUUUCUUCAGAGGCCGGAACAAGAAGACACAACAGACAUUCCAAGAGAAGGGAAGGGGAUUACACCAAAUGGAUUCAAUCAAGGGAUGAUCUUGAAAAAGACAGAAUUGACUUUAGAAGGAUUUAUCAAUGGCACAGAAAAAGAUCAGGGCCUUCUGGAAAUUGUUUUCAAGAGCUUCGACUUUUCCAAUGUACUAAAAGUAAUCUGUGGUGGGAAAUAGCCAGACUGGAGAAAGGCUUCUUCUAAACUAACUGACAAGAAUGGUGUAGGGACAGUGAAAGUUGAGAAGCUGUGGAAUGGAUGCAAAGCAAAGCACUCAUCUUUUGGUGGGUUGAAAACUCUCAGCAGAGAAGAAAUGUGA